UGAUCGUGUGUGAAAACACACGUGAGUCCACAAGCCCGAAAACGCGAGCGAUAGCCCGGCUUUCCCGGGAAUACGGUCCGUUCCUACGGAGCCCCUGGCCGUCGCGUCCCAGUGCGGCUGCCCGCUCCUCCGGGGGAGGGACUUGAAGGCGCGGCUUGCGGGGACGCUGAUCGACCCGGUCCAUUGCGGUCGGACCGCCGCGCAGACCGGGCGCCGGGAACUGGGCUGAAGACACGCAGAGACUGCGGGCAGCUCCAGCCUCCGCGACGGGCGCUGCGGAGAUGUGCGCUCGGUAACAUGGUCCUGAAAGCUGGGAUCGCCGCUUCGAGAUGGGACCCAGCGUGUCCAUGGGCACAUGAGUGUAGGACAGCCAGACCUGCUGCCUGUAAUGGACCAAGCUGAAAUCAAUGAGAGCCUCCCCGUGGACCAGGCCCCCCACGGCCUCCACAGCUACACCCUGGUGGAGCGAGUGGCCCUCAUUGCCUUCCUGUCCCUCGUCAUGCUCAUGAGUGUCCUGGGCAAUCUUCUGGUCAUGGUGGCCGUCUGCAAGGAUCGGCAGCUCAGAAAAAUCAAAACCAACUACUUCAUCGUGUCGCUGGCCUUUGCGGACCUGCUCGUGUCGGUGCUGGUGAUGCCGUUCGGCGCCAUUGAGCUCAUCCACCAGAACUGGAUCUACGGAGACACCUUCUGCUUGGUCCGCACCUCGCUGGACGUUCUCCUGACCACAGCUUCCAUCCUGCAUCUCUGCUGUAUCUCCUUGGAUAGAUACUAUGCCAUAUGCUGCCAGCCCCUGGUGUACAGGAACAAAAUGACCCCCUUGCGAGUUGCACUCAUGUUGGGAGGAUGUUGGGUCAUUCCAAGCUUCAUCUCCUUCCUGCCCAUCAUGCAGGGCUGGAACAGUAUUGGAAUAAAUGAUUUGAUAGAGCAGCGGAAGUCCAGCGGCGACAGCAACACGACCGCGUGCGUCUUCAUGGUCAACAAGCCCUACGCGCUCACCUGCUCUGUGGUGGCCUUCUACAUCCCUCUGGGCCUCAUGGUGCUGGCCUACCAGCGCAUCUACGUGACGGCGCGGGAGCAUGCGCGCCAGAUCAACAUGUUGCAGCGGGCGGGGGGUGCCGGCAUGGCGGCGGGCGCUUCCUCGUCCUCAGACAGCGCCGACGCCCGGCGGGACCACCGAAUGCGCACGGAGACCAAGGCGGCCAAGACGCUGUGCAUCAUCAUGGGCUGCUUCUGCCUCUGUUGGGCGCCCUUCUUCAUCACCAACGUGGUGGAUCCCUUCAUCCACUACACCGUGCCGGACAAGCUGUGGGCCGCCUGCCUGUGGUUGGGCUACAUCAACUCCAUGCUCAACCCCAUCCUCUACGCCUUCCUCAACAAAUCCUUCCGCCGUGCCUUCCUCAUCAUCCUCUGCUGUGGCCACAGACGCUACCGCCGGCCCUCCAUCAUGGGGCCCGGGGCCCCCUGCGCCACCACCCAGAUCAACGGUUCCACGCAUGUGCUCAAUGGCUGCUCCUCUGUCUCCAAACUCCUACUCUGGUUCUGCAACACCGGGCCGGUUCCAGUCUAGUGUUGCUUUGGGGCUUGCAAGUACUCUGUCCUGCACAAUGGGAACCACCCAGAACAUGAGGGCCUUUCAGUGCAGAAUGACACAGAGUCUCAGGAGUCCUGCUUCUGACCCUGGAGAAGUGGACACCGGGUCAGGACCAUCACUCAUCCCCAAAGAAAUGUCUCCCUGGACGAGGCAGCCCAGCGCUGAGGAGAUCUGAGCUGGAGGGUGCGUCACGUUGCCAAAGCUACUCGCCCCUGUAAGCCGACUUUCAGGCGACUCAGGCAGCUCGUGAGGCACAAAGAUUUGCUUCAUGAAGGAAGCUGGACUGAGAGGCCAGCUGGGCAGACCUGGGGACGGGUCACUUCCUCUGCCCAUAGCCAGCCAGCCACCGCUACCUAGUACCAAGUAAAAGACACGUGACACGAAUGAGCCAAACUGAUCAAAGGCAGAACGGCUGCCACGUCUGGCCCCGGGAGACAUUGCUGCGGCCCUCGUGUCUGGAGCGACGCUCAGAAGCCACGCCCAUUGGUUUGCCUAUUUCAGUUCCUGCUGUCUCAGACAGACUGAUGUGUGACACCUCGCAUCUCAGAUGACUCAACCUCAGAUAUGUGAAGAAGGAGUGUAUCGAUCUAACCGGGAAGGGGGGGGGGGGAUCAGACUAUAGCCCGGUAGGUGGGAGGUCACAUGUGAUAACAGCUCCUGGAGAAAAGUACUGGUGCAUUUCAUAUUACAAAGAAGCUCGGUGUCAGAACAAUUAUGGGACUUAUUUUGUUUCUUUUUCCUGGUUUUGUUCCUUUUAUUCCAUGUGCCAUGGUCCAUUUCAGCAGACAGGAUGUAUCUCCAGGAGGUUUCAGGGAAAUAAUGCCAUACUGACCCGCAUUCCUGUAUUACAGUAUUUUAAUAUCCGUGAAAUGAUGUUUCUGUGUGUGUGGCUUUUUAAAGGAGGCUCUGCUGAUUCUCCUCCUUCUGCAGACCCUCUCGGCACAAUGGAAGAGCCCUUCCCAUCAUGCAUUUGGGUGCUGCCCAUCCACGGGAACAUCCUCCCACUUUGCCCUGCAGCAGCUUAAUGCUCUCUGCUGUUCCUUCAGUCGGAACUCCCCAGCUAGGUGCCUCACAGGUCUCUGCGGUAGCUGUUAUCCCUCCGCGUGUCACGUGACCCACAGGGGAAGCCCAUGUGACUGUCACUUCAAACAGCACCCACUGUGGGUGCCGGGUAUUAUCACCUAGAGCCAGCUGCUAUUACGGCAGAGUAUGACGGCUUACGGGUUGAACUCCCUCUGCAAAUGCCACCAUUUUUAUCUCAUAUAAGCCCAGAGAAAAUCAAUAUUAUGGAAGAGCUGUUCACUGAACUCAUAACUCAGCCCAACUCAUCUUCUUCCAAGAUUCAGCGCAUCUCCUUAGUUAUGAAAUACUUCAUUUGAUCCCUUUAAACACGAGCUCAGAUUCAGAAGGACGGAUAGAGAUUAGCUAUAGAGCCAAUGGAAACUGCGGGGGGGG